CAGCAAAGCAAAAUAUUCACACAAUUCUCAUUGAAACCCUAUUCAAAGAUUGAAUGCGUAUAUAAUUUCGAGAAUUCAAUUCACAAAAAUCAUUCCUUACUCUCUCUCGCUAUUUCAUACAUUCAUCGAUUGUUCAUUGGAUCUUGAUUUGUUUCUUCUCUAACCAGUUCUGUUUUCUGCAGGCUGCUCUGUUUUCCUUCUAAUUUGUGUUUCUUCGGCUCACGGAUUUUUUGCUUGAUUAAUUUGUAUCAACAGUUGUAUAUCGCAUAUACACAUCCGUUUAUUUUUGUGAUUUCAUUCGAUUUCUGUGAUUUUGUUGCUAACGUGAUGGAAACAGGAAGCAAUCGUUCAUCUGCAUCUGCAAACAAGUCCCAAUCGCGACAACCGCUUCAGGAACAAUUUCUUCAGAGAAGAAGUUCGCGGGAAAACUUGGAUCGGUUCAUUCCUAAUAGAUCGGCAAUGGAUUUUGAUUAUGCGCAUACCAUGCUGACAGAAGGUAAGAGAGGUAAGGAAAAUCCAUCUAUGAACUCUUCUCCAUCUAGGGAGGCAUAUAGGAAGAAGCUUGCAGAAACCUUCAACAUGAACAGAACCCGAAUUCUGGCUUUCAAGAAUAAGCCACCUACUGUUGUUGAGGCCAUUCCGAUUGACUUCUCAGUGGCUGCUCACCAACCGAAAGCUGCCAAACCUCGUCGCCACAUUCCACAGACUUCGGAGAGGACAUUAGACGCCCCUGAUAUUCUGGAUGACUACUAUUUGAACUUACUAGAUUGGGGAAGCAGCAAUGUUCUUUCGAUUGCUCUUGGAAGUACUGUCUAUUUGUGGGAUGCCUCAGAUGGAAGCACCUCGGAACUUGUUACUGUCGAUGAUGAAUGCGGCCCCGUGACCAGUAUCAAGUGGGCUCCCGAUGGAAGGCACAUCGCCAUUGGUAUGAACAACUCCGAGGUUCAGUUAUGGGACUCGACUGCUAACAAACUUCUGAGAACUUUGAGAGGCAGCCACACAGCACGAGUUGGUGCUAUGGACUGGAACAGCCACCUCUUGACUACUGGAGGGAUGGAUAGUCGGAUCAUCAACAACGAUGUCAGGGUGAGGGCGCACGUCGUUGAAACCUACCGAGGCCAUCAGCAAGAAGUCUGCGGGCUCAAAUGGUCAGCCUCAGGCCAGCAAUUGGCCAGUGGUGGAAACGACAAUCUCCUCCAUAUAUGGGACAGGUCCAUGGCGUCGUCAAAUGCUCCCUCGCAGUGGCUUCACAGGCUCGAGGACCACACAGCCGCUGUCAAGGCACUUGCAUGGUGUCCGUUCCAGGGCAAUCUUCUUGCCACUGGUGGAGGAGGAGGCGACAGGUGCAUAAAGUUCUGGAACACACACACUGGUGCGUGCUUGAACUCGGUGGACACAGGCUCACAAGUCUGCGCGCUUCUGUGGAACAAAAAUGAGCGUGAACUGCUGAGCUCUCACGGUUUCACUCAGAAUCAGCUCACUCUAUGGAAGUAUCCUUCAAUGGCAAAAGUAGCAGAGCUCACUGGACAUACAUCUAGAGUCCUUUACAUGGCUCAGAGCCCGGAUGGAUGCACAGUCGCAUCUGCAGCAGGGGAUGAAACUCUUAGGUUCUGGAAUGUGUUUGGGAAACCCGAAGUAGCCAAGACGACACCAAAGACAGCAGCUUCUGAGCCGUUUGCUCACUUGAAUCGCAUCAGAUAAGCUGUGUGCUCGUUUUCUGAUAGCUGCAGAGGCUGAGAGAGAAGAGUGCAGAUUUAUCAGAGUUUUUAUACUUCAUUUUUUCAUUCUUUCAUUCUUUCAUUCUUUCUAUUUCUUGUAAAGAUUUGGUGAAUUCUGAGCUGAACUUCAGGAUUUGAUUGUGUUGAUUUUUACAUGUAAAUUUCUUUUGUACAUGGAGUCACAGAUUGUGACAAAUGUAUUCUAAAUUAUUCA